AUGGGUUCAAAGGAGGAGACGAUACAUUUGGGUCGUUUCCUGAACAUCUUCGAGCACUCGUCAGCCAUAGUCUUCCAAAAGUUAAUGUUCGCGCAAUCACCUACCCACAGUAUGAAACUCGAGGUGAUUUGGGAGAAUGUGCUUCAAGAAAAGAUAAUUGACAUAGAAGUCAAAAAUGGAACACCCUCUCCAACUGUCGACCCUUCAGUCCGCACAAUACUCAUUGGCCAUUCUAUGGGAGGAAUCGUUGCUGCGGAUACAGUACUAGGGAUCACCUCCGAUAAAGUGCUAGAUUCUAAGGAAACCACAGAUGCAUUGAAUGCUUUUAUGUUUCCAUACAUUCAGGGCGUCCUAGCAUUUGAUACACCUUACUUGGGAAUAUCACCAGGCGUUGUUGCUCAUGGUGCAGAAGGUCAUUAUAACGCAGCCACGUCGGCUUUCGCGCAAGUGAGUAGCUUUGCAGGUGCAAUAUGGGGUGAAAAAGAGGUAGACAAAACCGUAAAUGAAAAGAAGCCAGUUGCGGCGUUGCCAGCACCACCGGCUCCAGAAGCACCUGCGUGGAAGAAAUGGGGAACAUUGGCUAUGUAUGCUGGAGCUGCUGGAGCAGUAGCUGUCGGAGGUGCAGCUGCGUACUUCAAGAAGGAUCAAAUUCAGGAAGGAUGGUCAUGGGUAGGAUCACAUCUUGAGUUUGUAGGAUGUCUAAUGAAAGGCGAGGAGUUGAAGAGGCGGGUCUCUGGGAUGGUUACUUUGCAAAAGGAGUUACAGGUCGGUUGGGCAAAUUUAUACACCAGGUUGGGCAAGGAGGCAGUUAGUAAAGCCGAUGGGAGCCUGGUGGGGAGUGUGAUGGGAAAUCAAAGAACGUUUUGCAAUCUCCCCAAAAGCAAUGCUAAAAGUUUCUUCCGAGAGGCCAUUAACGAUAAAGCUGCGGAUGAAACGAGUGCACAUAUGACUAUGUUUUUCCCAAAAGAUAAUCCCGGAUAUUAUGCUUUAUCCGAAGAUGCCAAGAAAUUGAUAGUGGAGUGGUCGAGUAAUGAGUGGACAAUCGAGCUCAAGACGACCAAGCAUAGGACAUCCGAGCAUAAAACGAUCAAGUACAGGACAAUCGAGUACAGAACAAUCGAGCACAAGGCGAUCGAGCACAGGACAUUCGAGCACAAGACAAUCGAGCACCAAACGAUCAAGUACAGGACAAUCGAGUACAGAACAAUCGAGCACAAGACGAUCAAGCACAGGACAUUCGAGUACAGGACAUUCGAGCACAAGAAGAUCAAGCACAGGACAUUCGAGCACAGGACAUUCGAGUACAAGACGAAAAUCCACCAAGGAUAUCAAUGUCGAGCAUGA